AAGACAGAGUAUGAACGCCUCGAACAGCUGUACUCGUUGAACAGAGAGGAUUUUCGCUGGAAAUUCCUCAAUCUCAUCGCUUGGUCGCUGGAAUUUGUUUGAGAAAAACACCGAUUCGUCCUCAUACAAAGAAGAACUACUGAACUAGUAAGCUUGAUUUUAAAGUUCGGACAGCAAAUCCACAGCUAGUAUGUAAAACCUCACCGAUCAAAAGAACCUAGUCCAUGAAGGCCGGAUGUUGUAUUGAGACUAGUUCUAACUAAAAGACAUUGUAUUAGUAUUGGAUCACUGUCAACAUGUGUCUUAUGAGCUGCAUUGGAAAGUGYAUCGGGGGAUUUUGCAAAUGCUUCGGUAAAACUCUUAUGGGACUAUGCCGUGCUAUMUGCCGGUGUUUUUGCAAUCCCUUAUCCCCUGGUGCGGGGUUYUUCUGUCAGAUUAUCCUAUACGCGCUAUUCCAAGGCUUCAACAUYGGUACAGAUGUCGGUAUCUUUYUGGAGACGACCAAGACKUACGCCAAGUGUUACGAUCUCGCAACCACGCCCAUCUACGUAAGCAACACAACGAACCUUACAGACGACAUCUACUGCGUUAACAAGCUCGCUAAUGCAACACAAAGCAACCUUCUGGACCAGAUAGGAACUUUAAGGAUCCUYGARGGYGUGUUCUUCUUCUUUAUCUGUCUGUCUGGAGGAAUCUACGUUGUACACAUCGCUGUUUUAUUCCCCAACGCCUGCAAGCACUGGAAAGAUCCUAACUUUGAAAACAUGCUMGGAGARGCACCUGCCUACUACCAGAAGAUMUUGCAGAUUCAUACGCUGUUCCUGUUGCUUGAGAGYGUCAUUCAUGAUAUGCCAAUGUCCUCGUUAGCCAUCGAGAUGUGCGCGCAGAUGUGGGGCAUYGGAGGAAUCAACUGUUGGGAGUGCGCAUCGACGCUAGAAGGACUUCCAGGACCGCAGUCUUUGCCAAACUGUAGCCAAUGGCUGGGUUUGUUGCUAGGAUCYAUUGCUCUUGUUAGCAUCUAUAAAGGAAUUCUUCCACUCUACGCUUGGAUAGGCAACCCGUUCUGCUGGGCAUGUUAUCCACUACGAAUAUGCAUCGUCCUUCCAGCCGGCUUUCUGUACUGUGUACUCACCCUUGCUCCAGCCAUGGGUGUAGCUCUUAACCGCCUUUUCGCCGUGGAACCGUCCAUGAAGGAUGAGAUGGGAACGUUUGCUGACACGAUAUGGACCUUUGGUUUGUUCUUCUAUGGCAUCAUUGGCAUCGUGGUUUUCUUGUACUGGUUUAUGUGUGGCAAGUGCAUUUGUGUUAUGUGCUGUGAAUGUAAAAAGAAGGAUAGUAAGGAUGGUGGUGGGUGUUUGUGUUGUUAAGUGGGUAACUAGGGUUCUUCUUCCAUGUGGGAUAGUCAUAGAAGUUAAAUACUGCGCAUGUGCAGUCGCAAGUUGUGCUUACUUGAAAGGAUACAAUAUAAAGUAAGAAAACUUGUUCUUUAGAGAAAUCAAAAACGAUAAUUGAGAUAGAAAUCAGCCCCAUUGGAUGCCCGAAAACCAUUUAAGGGCAAACAUCAACUUGAAAAAUUCCUGUGGAUUUUUAAUGUAAGCUUGUGAACUGCAAAUCGUGGAAUUAUUAUCAUAUAGCUUACAUAAUGAUUUGAAUCAUUACUUAGAAUUACCAAUUCAGUCAUAAGUCAUGUACUAACAGUAGUCCUAAGUUGAGGCCGGGGUAGCUAUAAUUAGUAAUUAACUGCAAGUUGUUAGCAUCAUUUUUGUAAAGAUUACUUGUACAUUUUUGUUUAAUUWAUGAACAUUUUUCAUUAAUGUGUACAUUUUUUUUAUCAAACGUACAAGAAAGUUACGUUUAAAAUUGUGUUGAUGUCAGGUACAUUCAAACAAGUUAGUAACAAUUAUUUUUGAUAAGUAAGGCUUUAAUUUAUUGUAAUAUUAUGUUAUAUAUUGACACUAUUGGUAGCCAUAGAAACCUGGUUACCAAUGUUCCCCACCCAUCCCUCUAUGGGGAAAAAUCAACUAAGAGGGGGAGGGGAGUAUGGAAUUGCAGCUGGACAGAAUUAAAUUGUAGCUUAUUUGACUUAAAUAAUAAUAAUGUUUCAUGAUUAUUUUUGUAGUUUUACUAAUAGCUUCUCAACAAAAUCAAAAAGAAGCAAAUACUACAAGAGAUUGUAAAAAAACAUUAAAUUAUUAUAACUAGAUAUCCAGCAUUUCCUACAAUAAUCUAUAUUCUUGUUGGAUUAAGUCAAGGGAAAGAAAAAUAAACUUGAAAAACUGAAA